AUGUGUCGGCGGUCUUUUGCUCGGCUGCUGCAAGGUCUGUCUUUCCGACAUGCCGGUUCCUUGGAAGCUGGCCCGCAGGGUCGCCACACGUCACUGAUAAUUACCGGUCGAUCGAUUCCCGUGGCUAGGACCGGAUCCGUCACAAAUGCUCGUCAUGCUGCUAUCAAUUCUUUGCGCUUCACGUCAAGACGCAUUGCGCAUCCUCUAGCCAAGUUACCAAACCUUACUUCUGGUCGCCGCACAUAUUCGCAAGCUCUUGGUCAAGAACCAAGCCACCUGAGUACAGAAGAUCUGGCCAUGGCAGCUGACACUGGACUCAAAGCGAAACCAGCGGAUAUUCUUAACGGAGAUAUACCUUCGGCCGGUCGCCAGGCUUCUCUCGACCCGGAAUCGGAUGAAGAGAUUCCAAUCGAGGCAGAUGAGCUCGAGGAAGCCCUUGGGCGUCCGCCUCCUGUGCACAGCAGUUAUCUUCCACUUCCCUGGAAAGGACGAUUGGGAUAUGCUUGUCUGAACACCUACCUUCGAUAUUCAACACCCUCCGUCUUCUGCUCUCGCACCUGUCGAAUUGCCUCUAUUCUCGAAAAUAGGCACCCGCUUCAAGACCCUGAACAACCCCCACACCCGACUAAGAAUCGUCCAGAUCGCGAUCAACCAGCAGAUAUUGCCCGUGGACAAGCAUUUGUCGAGGGGCUCGGUUUAGCGAAUGCGCGCGAUUUGGUAAAAAUCAUUCGCUGGAAUGAUAAAUAUGGUAUUAAAUUCAUGCGACUUAGCAGUGAGAUGUUUCCAUUUGCUAGCCACAAAGAAUACGGGUAUAAGCUGGCACCGUUCGCAUCGGAAGUGCUUGCAGACGCAGGGCGAGUGGUGGCAGAACUCGGACAUCGAGUAUCGGUUCAUCCUGGCCAGUUCACGCAGUUUGGAUCGCCAAGAAAAGAAGUCAUAGCGAGCUCUUACCGUGAUCUAGAAUACCAUUCAGAGAUGCUUCAGCUACUCAAGUUGCCUCCCCAGCAAGACCGGGAUGCCGUCAUGAUCCUUCAUAUGGGCGGAGUUUUUGGCGAUAAGGCAGCAACGCUUGAUCGGUUUAGAGAAAACUACGCUUUGCUGUCGCAAGACAUCAAAAACCGAUUAGUCUUGGAGAAUGACGAUGUCAGCUGGUCUGUUCAUGAUCUACUGCCCAUCUGCGAGGAGCUCAACAUUCCCCUUGUUCUCGAUUACCACCAUCACAAUAUCAUUUUUGAUGCCAAUAAGCUCCGUGAAGGCACGGAGGAUAUCAUUCCUCUCUACGAUCGCAUAGCAGCAACAUGGUCCCGGAAAAAUAUCACACAGAAAAUGCAUUAUUCCGAGCAAACGGCUGCCGCCUUCACUCGGCGCCAACGCCGCAAACACAGCGACCGCGUUGCUACUCUGCCUCCUUGUGCUCCUACAAUGGAUCUGAUGAUCGAGGCCAAAGACAAGGAACAGGCAGUGUUUGAGCUAAUGCGAAACUUCAAACUACCCGGCUACAACCUUGUGAAUGAUUUGAUACCCUACAUGCGCUCUGAUGAAAAUCAACCCUUCAAACCGCCCAAAAAAUCCAAGAAGAUUGGUGGUUUCGUGGACUUGGAAGGUUCUAUUCCCCCACCUCGCACCAUCCCCGACGAAGAAGUCGGCAUGGGCGGCCCGGACGGCAGAGUCUACUGGCCUCGGGGCAUGGAAGAAUGGCUACGGCCAAUGAAAAAGGUUGUCAAACCUAAAGUUGCACCAAGCCCGAGGAAGACCGCAUCGAAAAAGGCCAAGACCGAGGGUGUUGCCGAUGAUGUCCCUCUAGAUUCUCCUAUCAAGAUAGAGACAUCGACGAAGAAACCAACCAAGGUCACUAAGCGCACGACCCUUUCCACAAAGUCCCGCGGCAAGCGCAAGGCCUCGGAGACUGAGUCUAGUGUAGACCUAGAAGAGGUCCCAGAGUUGGACAAUGCUUCAACUCCUGCAUCGGCGUCUCGUCGAAGCUCCCGCGCAAAGAAGGUGAACUACACUGAGGACGGCGUAUAA